UUUUAGAAUUGAUAAAAAACAAAACCCUAGCUGCAAACACAGCACACGAUUGACAGAAUGCGAAGGAGCACGAUCAAACAUUGUUUCAUGCUCUUGAUAAAUUGGACAAAGCUGUUGUGACGCUGAAAGAUCAUUUUAUUUUUUCAUGGACUCACAAUUCAAGGUCUAUGCGAGGCAUUUACGCGUAUUGCUUAGGGAAAUGCCAAAUUUGAUUUGAGUGAGAGGCCUGAACAUUCUUUAAAAAUGAAAACGAGAGUUGCAAAUUUCUCGUAGUUUUUGAGUUAUUUGACAAAGUACUCGGAUUUCAUAUUCAAUUUAUGACGAAAGAUUUUCAUUCUUUUAUGCCUUGCUGAUAAUCAUGCUAAAUUAAACUAUUGAAAAAUACAUUUCCCGAUGACACCGUCACAUAUCUUUCAGAUGCAAAGUAUAUUCAAUUAGGUCAGGGUCGUCCAACCUUUUUGGCCGAAGGGCCACAUGUAAUUUACCAACAAUUGCGCGGGCCACUUAACAUGGUAGUUAUGUUCUAGUUUUGCUACGGGCUAAUGAAAUAACAAAUAUUUACCCUCACACCGAAGUUUCACAAUUAUCAGAACAAUAAAACUGUUGUUUCCCAAUAUAUGGCGCCAUCAAUGGUUAUUCCCGAAGGUUUCGUCAAAGACAAGUCAAGACGCUUAAUCAUUUUUAUAACAGCUCCUAACAAACCAACGUCUCUAGCCGUACCACUAACAGGGAAAAUGGCUGCGAGGUAUCAUAAUCAUAAUUGUUUCCUGUUCGAAGCGAAAGAUUAUUCGCAUCGUUUUUGGAUUUCAAUUUCCCUCCAUAGCUAGGUAACUCGUUAGCUAUCGUUUAAUUUUACGAAACGCCAGAGUAAAAACAAACUUUCCAUGGUCCGUUGGUUUUGAAUUGGUGGUCAGUGCACGUGAAUUUUAUGCGAAGCGAUAUUUUAAAAUUUACGCGCGGGCAUAUUGAAGGCAUUAGGACUGACGCGCGAAUACUGAUACUCUCGUUAUAUAGAUAUAAGGCAGAUAAAAGGUCCGAGUAGCUUAUAGUUGCUACUUGCUAGUAUAUAGGAGUUUGUUUAUGACUGUUUCACGCAUAACUUGAUUUCCUAUUGGGUUUCUAGAAGGCAGCGAGUAUUUAGAUUCUUCAGUAAAAUUUGGAAUUCUCAAAUUAGGGAAUGUGUUGUACUCGCAUUAUCGCUUUAUUAAGUCAAUUAUUCAUUCAUACAUUGGACAGAUUAAAUGAAGAACUUCUUUGCAAAAUCGAUUUCAAACCUGAGGUUUACUAGUGAUGACGCUGAGCCUGCCGACUUCUACUUUUUCGUGAAUUCCAGAGGCAAGUGUGGAUUCGUCGUGUACAGGCUGUUAUGGAUGGUCAUAGUGUUGGCGUUCUUUGCCGCAGAACUUGCUUGGGAAUACCGCAACAACUUAAUUGCUCAUUUCCCGUUUUACCUGACUUCAUGGUGCGAACUUCUCGUAGUGAUAUAUGUGAUUUGGGCAUGGGCAUUGGCGCUCUACGGCAGACAUGAUGGUAAUUCACAUGUGGAUUCCAAAAUUCCGUCAAUAUAUGGAUCUCACUCGAAGGAAGAACAACUCCAGUCAUUAAGAGAAUUUCAGUCAACCCGCACUUCGUUGCAUUUACAGAAAACCAAAUUUACCAAACUUUCAGCCAUCAGACCUGACCCCCCUAAUCGUUUGGGUGAAAAUAAUAUACUCCGAUGGUUUCACAAAGUAUUUUGGUUUUUAUACGAAGUUACCUUUGUUUCAUCAAUGAGUGUGACAUCAAUUUAUUGGAUCUUUUUGCAUAGCGGAAAUCAGGGCGCAAAUAUCGUGUUUAAUCUUUACCGACACGGUUUAAAUUGUAUAAUAUUGACGUCUGAUGCGCUUGUAACUCGUUAUCCUGCUCAUUUUGCACAUUGGCCCUAUAGUUAUUGUUUGGGAGUCUUCUAUGUCUUUUUCACUUUCGUUAUGUAUAAAAUUUCCAAACAUAUUGACCCGAAUAAUUCAAUAAUACCUCAAAAGAUAUAUUGGUUUUUAGAUUGGGAUUCUGGUUCCUUUGCCCCCGUUUAUCUUUGCAUUGGUAUGCUUCCUGUAACAUGUCUGAUUCAGGGUCUAAUAAUAUUGUUACAUUCCAUACGAUUGAAAUUGUUUUCCUUAUGCAAGCCCUAAUAGGCGUUGAAUAAUCGUUUCGCACACUCUAGUUUGUACCAAAAUAACUUUGUUUACGUUACAACAUUUUUGGACACGGAGUGGUCAUAUUGAUCGUUUUGUUAUUAUGUUGUUGUUAUUAGUAUUUUUCUUUCUGUCAAUAUGGGAAAACAGCUUUCCUCUUUUUGUUCUUUCCAUGCUUACUUCGAUAAACAAAUGCAAUAAGCGCCAAUAAAAUUCACGAUUAGGGCACAAUUAUGAAUGUCAUUGAUUAUAUUUUGUUGUAUUGUGAUAUUUGAUCUUUGACGAUGAUGAUAUUCAAGUUUGUGACGUUUCGUUUGUCUUUACUAACGUUUGUGCUACAUUAUGGCACAUAGUCUUUGUUUGUGCAAAUUGUGAUUUUCAUUAUAAUUGGUUUUGCUGCUGAA